AUGGCAGCUGAUACAUUUGAUCACCUGGUACUAAAGGGGCUGAAAUCCCUCAUUCCUCCUGCACUGCCCUCGACGCAGAUCGACGCCGAAUGCGAGACUUUCGAGGAGUACUCUGUCUUGGAGAAGGUGCUGCCGGUGUGGUCAGAUUAUCGGCGGGUGAAGCAGGAGAAGCUCUGCGAAAGCAAAAUGGCCUCAGCGCUCAAGAUCCUCGAGGAGCGGAAGGCUUCACUUGCGUGGUGGAUCAUCUUCGGUCUUAUCUUCAUCGUCACCGCCGUCCAUGUUGCUGUGUUAGGUACAUACUACUGGAAGGAGUGUCGUCGUGCCGGUAAAUCUGAGGUUUCUAAGGCUGGAAAAUCGGAGGUUUCUCAGGCUGAAGAAUCGGAGGUUUCUCAGGCUGGAGAAUCGGAGGUUCUCAGGCUGGAGAACCGGAGGUUUAUCAGGCUGGAGAAAUCGGAGUUUUAUCAGGCUGGAGAAUCGGAGGUUUCUCAGGCUGGAGAACCGGAGGUUUAUCAGGCUGGAGAACCGGAGUUUUAUCAGGCUGGAGAAACGGAGGUUUAUCAGGCUGGAGAAUCGGAGGUUUCUCAGGCUGGAGAAUCGGAGGUUUCUCAGGCUGGAGAAUCGGAGGUUUCUCAGGCUGGAGAACCGGAGGUUUCUCAGGCUGGAGAAUCGGAGGUUUCUCAGGCUGGAGAAUCGGAGGUUUCUCAGGCUGGAGAAUCGG